CAUUUUGAAUGUAGUAACAUAUCUUUUGCAGUGGAAAUUCCUGCAUCUUUAUAUUCAUGCGAGACAUUGAGAUCUCUAUCUCUUAAGAUUUUUAAGAUGACAAAGGUGCCGGCCCUUUUUCAUGGUUUCUCUGAACUUGUAACCCUUCACCUUGAAAAAGUUGAGCUAAUUGAAGAGGCAUUUGAGCUGCUUGUACGAUCAUGUUGGCUUCUUCAAAGUUUGACGGUAUCAAAUUGCGAAUGGCCUACAAAAUGGAUAAUCAAUUCCUCCAGUCUCAAGUCUCUCUCCCUUGAUGAGCUGAAUAGUUUCUGUUCAAUGGAAACAAAUUGCUCAAGAUUACAAACCAUAAAAGUCACCUGCUGUCGUGGCUUGGAAAAGUUGAGAGUCUAUUUACCCCCAUGUGUACAGUUGCAAACUGACUUUCAACUUUUGCAACAGUUUGUAUCUUUAAAAUCAUUGAGAAAGAUCACCUGUUACAAUUCCAAUUUUAGGUAUAUCUGUGAUAUCAAGCUUCUACAAAGAUUUUCUCACCUGAAAGAGUUAUACAUCGAUAUUCCCUUCUAUAUGCAUUUUUUAAAGACUCAGGAACUUGCAAAGUUGACCUUAUCACUCGGAAAGCUGGAGACAUUAAUUCUUAAUAUUGAUGCACGUGAGAGAUACUAUGAAGGCUAUUCGGGAUUGCUGUCUUGCAUUUUGAGAAGCGCUCCUCUGUUGAAAACAGUCAGAGUCGGCAUGGAUGACAGCUUGGAGAAUUCUAAGCGACACAUCUUUGAUGGAGUCCAACUUGUAAAUCAUCUCCUAAAUCUUCAGAUAAGUUCCUCACAAACCAUAAUCUUAGUGUCAAGGGGCAGAAUAAGUCCAGGUUGGCAGCACUCUAAAAGUGACAAAGAGUUUGAAUACCUUGCAUUUUCAGAGUUUUGAUUUAAAACAUUAACAGGGUCGUUGUUUAGGUUUUUGAUGCAGGAGCAUUCAACACCGUUUGAGGCACUUUCAUAGUUUAGAACAUGCGAUUACGACUGGCACAAUUCCCUUCUUUAUAAUUGGCAGUUUCAUUAAACUUCUUAGUCUAGUUUGAAGUGGUGGAGUGGAGCCAUUAGUAGUGGUAGCUAUUUGAAGGCGGCUCCUUUUUUUCAGCAUAUGCUUGCUUUCUUUUUAUACCCUUGGCCUGAUGGAGAAUUAUGAUGGCGGCUCCUGUCCUGCGACCUAGCAUUUUCUUAUUUCUUCUUUGCAAUAUUGGAGAUUCUUAUUUUAGAUAAGGGAGAUAGAGGAGUUUUGAGCAGGAUUAAAAAUAAAGGAGGGAAGAUUUGGUGGCGUUCUGCAUCUUUGCAGGAGGUGCGGUGGUUAAAUAAGAGUUUGAAUUCUCUAGUUAGUCUGCAUGGUUGUUUAGGUUUAUAGCAGUGUGGUAAAAUAACAAAGGCUCCACCUGUGCAGACCUGGAAUUUUGUUAUGUCUU